AUGAGACGGAGCGGCGGCGCUGCCCUCAACGACAACUGCUGCUGGGUGUGCCACCGCGAGGGCAAGGUGGUCUGCUGCGAGACGUGCCCGCGCGUGUUCCACCUCAAGUGCGCCGGCCUGAACGCCGAUCCGCCCGGCGACUGGGUGUGCGUCGAGUGUCGGCGCGUCGUGCAGGCCGAGACGGUGGCCAAUCUCUCGCCGGCCAUGAAGAUGCUGACGCACGAGCAGUUCACGCUGCUGCUGAAGCACGCCAUCGGGCGUCCUGAAGGGUCUUCCCGGGGUGAGUGGCUGUCAGCGCAUGGGGCGGAGCCGUUCAUCAACCCGGUGGACGAGAAGAAGUUCCCCAACUACGGCGAGUUCGUCGCUUGUCCCAUGGACCUAAACACCAUGGAGGAAAACAUCAAGAAGGGCAUGUACGGCUCGACCGAGGCUUUCAUAGCCGACUGCAAGUGGAUCCUGCACAACUGUAUCCUCUUCAACGGCCAGACCAGCAAGCUCACUGGGCUAGCCAAGUCCCUGCUGAAGAUGUGCAAGUGGGAGAUGGAGGAAAUCGAGACGUGCCCCGAAUGCUACAGCAGCGCCUACAGCAGUGACAACUGGUUCACCCUGGCAUGCCCGCACCCCCACGUGCUGAUCUGGGCGCGUCUGAAGGGCUUCCCAUACUGGCCAGCCAAGGCCGUCAAGUCGCGCGACGGCAACGUCGACUGUCGCUUCUUCGGCCGCCACGACAGGGCGUGGGUGCCAAUCAAGGAGUGCUACCUAUUCUCCAAGGACCCUCCAGCACCGCCCAAGAGUCGUAGCAAGAGCCUGGACGCCUGCAUCGAGGAACUGGAGGAGCACAUUGCGAACGUGGAGGAGAAGUUCGGCAAAUUUGUGCACGCGAAGCCCAGGACGGUGUACGACCCGAGGAAGAUCACCCAGUACAUGAAGCAGAUGAUCCCCGGCUACGAGUGCAGCAUCGCUCGUCCAGACCAAGAAGCGCCGCGUCGCAAGCGCUCCAACAGCGAGAUCCAGCUGGAGAUGCUGGAGCGGCUGCGGCAGGGCAAGAAGGCGCGCCGCUCGCUCUCAGUUACCAUGCAGGCGGCGCGCGAGGAGUCGGAGCCGGCCGGUGACGAUGCUCAGCAGGAGGGCGGACCGGCGGCGCCCGAGGCACAGAAGCCGCAGCAGGACGAGACCGAGCCGCCGCGCGCCAAGAACGCCCGCAAGUCGCUGGGCAACAGCCCCCGGCUGCGGCCGCGGCCGCGGCCGCGACCGCCACGGUAA